AUGUCAUCUCCAUCCGAGCUUCAGUACUCCCCGGCGGACUUCUUGACCAGGUGGAUGCCGAGUAGCACCAGAGCCGGGGUGAUUCUCGGUCCAUCCCCAGAACUGACAAGGCCCUUGCGGCACAUCACUGCUGCGGUACCUGCUCCACUGCACCCGGACGAUUCUUUCGCCUCUGAUUUUGCACCGCUGCCUGCCUCCACGGACAGCAGCUGCCUCGGUGUGGAUGGAUGUGGAGAGGGAACCAGGCCGGUGAGCAGUCUGCAUCCUGCACCACAGGGAAUUUCAGAUGGACAGUUCGAAAGUCUGGAGGAAAUGGCAAGCAAAACUCAGGAUCUACCCCUGAUGAUGAAGCUGGAACAGUUGAGGAAAUGGCAGCAACACAUGCACGAGCAGCUGAAAGCCCACCAGCUGGAGGAGCUGCUGUGUCUGCAGGAGGAGCAGCAGAGGCUGCUGGGGAUCGUGAAUGUAUCUCAAAUCUGCACAGAAAGGCCAGACUUACCUGGAACACACUGGCAAAAAGACCCGGUCCAGCACAGCCCUGAUAGGAACUGCAGUGAGAUGACACAUGGCAUCCAUGGCCUCCGGCAGGAGCUGCAGCUCUCCACACCGAGUAGGCAGGAGCAGCUGUCUGAACAUCAAGAGUACGAGGACGAUGAUGACAACAGAGAGGACACGUGGGACUCCAGCGAUAAGAAUCCGAAGCAGAGUGUAGACCCUAGGCAUCUCUCUGAGCUGGGUGAUGUAUUAAUGCAAGCAGAAGCCAAAAGCAGACAACAGAAAAAAGUCUCACAUGACAGACCUAUUAAACCAGGUAUUGGGGGACAGAAGAAGACCUUUGAGGAGCUUCUGGAGGAGCAACUGAGGCUGGAGGAGCAGAGGCUGAAGUCAGCCCAGCAACAACCUAAGCCAGCCAGACCUGAGGCUGCAGUCCCUCCCAGGAGGCCCUUUCUGAAGCGAGGCGAGGGCCUAUCCAGGUUUACCAACAGUUCCAAAGCUUCAGCUCCGAAAGCAAAGGACAAGAAGUACCAGAAACCACAGCCUGAAGCCAGUGCAAUCCCUCGCAUCAAUUCAACACCCAGUUCUAUUCUGAAGGGUAGUUCAAAUGGUGUCCCGCAACUUCCUGUCCAACGCAAAACAGCUGUACUCAACAAGGAGAACCGAGUGAGGGGACUCUGUUCGCCGCCUCAGGAUGUCAGGGCUGACAGCAAGGCAGCACGGACAAGGGUUCUGGGGAGUCACCAGAGACAGAACACCGGACCAGCUACUGUUCAACCUGAAUCAGAAGCCAGACAAGUAAAGCAUCUGCUGAGGCAGGAGAAGGAACAAAAUGUAUCUGUCUCAGUUCAGGCUGUGAGGAACACUGGUCCUAGUCUGCAGCUAAAUCCUGUAACUAAACAGGUGGGUUUGCUAGGAGGGCCAGGGAGGCCUGAAAGGGAUGUUGGGAAAGAGAAAAGAUCUGGUUCUAAAGUGCAAUCAGCAGAAGGAAAAGCUGGAGCAGGAGGUGGACUUCCACAGGAUUCCUUUGAGUUGUCGUUCCAGGAGAAGCUCCAGCGGUGCGAGUACAACCGGCAGCUGGAGAGCAUGGAGCUGGGAGAGUUUGAGCUGUUAGAGCAAGCGGCUGAGGAGCUUUCCUUCUCAUCCAACUCCUCCUUUGUCAUGAAGGUUAUUCACAUGGACCAGCAGAAGAGGCAGGCUGCCAUUGGGCUCCACAAGAGACGACUCUCUUCCACCCCAAUUAAGUUGACAUCAGGAAGGGAACCUCAGAAGAACGGCGGUGUUCAGCACACAGACGGGUCCGGCUGCGAAGGCAAAGUUAGUGACGAGAAUGAGGGAAGACAGGAAUCUGAAGAGGAAAACAAGGGCGGCAGCAGCUCUGAAUUUGGAGACAAAGAAGUCAUGAUCAAAGGGACGGUUUGUUUUUCUGCACCUUCUAACCCUACAUAUGACAAGCGGUCUUACCAAGAUGAGGCCAGUCUGGAGGAUUCAUCGUCCAAUGGGACAGAAGAAGAAGAAGAGGAGAGCGAUGGUGUUUCCAGCAAUGCUGAUGGUUCCACUCUGAUUGAGGACAGAGACAGCCAGCAGAGGAAGGUUAUAUUUGACGAUGACGACACAUGGAACGACCUGGAGGACACGGUCUGCAGCAAGGACACUGACUGCAGCGAGGUUAGUCCAGUUCCCAAGCUGAAUGCUAGUGGAGUCUCGCCACUGGAGAAGACUAUGUUAAGGAAAGUAGCAGUGAGCAGAGCUAUGGAGCUGGAUAAAGGCCUGGAGGCUGAAGCUGCACCUGCUUCUCAACUCAUGACCAGGUUGUUCCCCUUGUUAAAGCCAAAAACUCAGAGUGACCCUCCCCCUGUUCCUCCUGCUGCCUCUGAGAACAAGCCACAAGGUGUCACAGGCCAGCAGGUCCAGUCCAGACAGCUCAGAGAGAGACUGGCUGAGCUGGAAAUUGAGAUAGAGAGGUUCAAGAAAGAGAACGCUGCACUUACCAAACUCAGACAAGAGAACGAGAAGAGACAGGAAGAUCUCAGGAAAGAGCGUUUGGAGUUUGAGCAAACAAAAGCCGAGGAGCUAGCCAGAUUUGAGGAGUACAAGAAGGAGGAAAACAGGAAGCUGCAGAAAGAGCGCAACGUGUUUGAGAAGCACGCAUCGGCAGCCAGAGCCAUCCCUGACAAAAAGGAACGAGAGGAAAUCCAGUUGUUGAAGCAGCAGCUGGGCUCCCUGCAGGAGGAGCUGAAGAGGAGGGAGAGCCGCUGGGCCUCCACACACAGCCGUCUGCGGCAACAGAUCAACUCCCUCAACCAGGAGAGCAGCUCCCUGCGGGACGAGAUUCGAAUGCUGGAGAAGCUGCGCCUCAGUGGCUGGAAGAAAAGCUCCGUCUCUGCAGAGGAAGUCGUCCAAACCAAAGAUGGACCCAGAAUAUCAGAUAGCAGUGUGCCAUCUGUGACCAAAGGAGUAACAUUUGCAACCCCUCUGGACUCUAGAGGAAGCAGCUCCAGCCCUCCACGGAGUACAGCUGCAAGAAGGAACUCAAAGGAAAGCAGUCAAGGAGCUGCAGCAGGGAUAAAAAGUAGCCUGAGGAGGUCAGCCAGUUUAGGAUCUUCUUUGUCAUCCUCCUCUUCAACAUUUUCUGCUAGAAGGAUGGAAGAAAAACCAAGACCUACUAGCAAGAGCCAGGAAAUAUCAGCCCAUUCACAGCACUGCUCUCCAAACAUAGAUCUAGUGCCAGAACCAGAAAGCUGUGAAGCAAAUGAGCCAGAACUGCUUCAGAAGGUCAUCACGCACCCUGAUGGCAAGAUAGAGAAGGUUCUGCCUAAUGGUGAUCGUCUCAUUGCCUUUCCCAACGGGACCACGAAAGAAGUGUCAGCAGACGGGCUGUCAGCCAAGGUCACCUUCUUCAACGGAGACACAAAACAAAUCACAGCUGAUCAGAGAGUGAUCUACUACUAUGCUGAGGCUCAGACGACACACAUCACAUACCCUGAUGGCAUGGAAGUCCUGCACUUUCCCAACAACCAGACCGAAAAGCAUUUUGCAGAUGGCCGCAAAGAAAUCACCUUCCCAGAUCAGACGGUGAAGAACCUGUAUCCUGAUGGCAGGGAGGAAAGCGUGCUGACAGAUGGCACCAUCAUACAGGUCAACCCGGACGGCACCAAAGAGAUCCACUUCAACACGGGCCAGAAGGAAAUACACACUGCUGAAUACAAAAGGCGAGAGUAUCCAGAUGGUACGGUGAAGACUGUUUACAACAACGGCAGGCAAGAAACCCGCUACCCAACUGGGCGGCUCAGGGUCAAGGACAAGGAUGGAAAGGUCAUCCUGGACAACCAGCCAUAAUUUACUGCAUCAUAGCAACAUUUACGGUUAUUCAUUUUAUGUCACAAACACUUAAAACAAGAGACGGGACUGAGCUCAGCUUAGUUUCAUACGGUGCCUCCGCUUUAAAGCAUUAAAACAAAAUGCCAGAUGAAGGUAUAACUUCUACACCAUAGAUUUUUUAUUGUUUUUUUCAUUGUGUAAAAAUAUUAAAUAUUUAUUUUUGUAGCUGGAUUUUUACUAAAAUAAAUGGAUUUUUUAUUUAUUGAGUUUC